UCUCAGCUCCUCCCCAAGAAAUCUUCAGCAACUCUUCUCUUGCUGUGAUACCGUCAUUCACCGCCAAAUGUUGUCCCUCUGCAAGGUCACUGAUUCUUUGUUCAUUAGCAAUUCUAGGUCAGCUUGCUGUGAGAGUCUCCUCACUCAGGAGAGAGUCACAUUCUGUAUCAAUGUCUCCAGACAACAGCCCUUCCCAAGCUUUCAGCCAGGCCAAUUGCUGAGAAUCCCUGUCUUUGAUGAUCCUUCGGAGGACUUGUAUACAUACUUUGAGCACUGCAGUGAUAUCAUAGAAGACACCAUCCAAAGAGGCGGGAAGUGCUUAGUGUACUGUAAAAACGGCCGCAGCAGAUCUGCAACUAUCUGCACUGCUUACUUGAUGAAACAUCAAAAGCUCAGGCUGAAGGAUGCCUUUGAGAUUGUGAAGAAUGCCAGGCCGAUGGCAGAGCCCAAUGCAGGAUUUUGGUCUCAGCUACAGAAAUAUGAAGACCAUUUGCAAACAUAGCAGCAAGGAACUCUUUCUCCAAAAACAAUUUCACAUAAGAAAUAUAUUGAUUCAGAUUAUAAUCUUGGGAAAUUCCUGUAAAGAGGAAGAUUUAAGAUACUUCUGGGUAAUAGCUGAAUUUAAUAUAUUAAAAAAAACUCGGAUCAGCUACUGUAUUAUUGUAGACUUAAGAAACUUUACCUGAAAACUUCUGUAAAAAUCUUUUAGCACAUCACAAGGCAUAAUUCAAAUCUCUGCAAUCUGCUCCAUUUUAAGACUAUAAUUAAAUGCAAUUAUGGUGGGUUGGCCAAACCUUUUUGUGGGACAAGAGACUCUUCUGAUGGUGUUGUUGAAUGUCAGCAGCAUGGUUUUUCACCAUUCUGAGGUAAAAAACAUGCCAGCGUUGUAGUAGAAGCCCUAAGUUAGUUCGAUGUUUGCUUAAACAGAAUCAUACUCCCUCAAAACAAGGGUGAGGGGGAAGAAUUCCUGUCAGCAUCUCCCAUUUUGUGACAUCUGUGCCCUAUGCUUGCUCUAGCCUCCAUCUACCAAAAGAUUGCCCAGCCCUGCUCUGUGGUUUGAAAUCAGUGACUGGUGCCUCAUUGUUCUGUCCAAUUUUAAGCUGUUAUUGUUGUUUUGAAUAAUGAAGAGUUAUGGGGAAUGUAGAGCUGGCUUAUGACUGACUUAUACUGCCUUAUAACUUUCCCAAAUUCUUCAGGUUAAAGACUUCAAAAAACCUACAGCAAAUUGUGUCUGGUCUGGUCACAAAGAUUCCUGAAAUCUUUCAUGUGGAAAUUGAGUCUGCAAAGAUUUUUCAGGCGAAA